AUGAAGGGAUACACACUCGUCUCGGCCCUUGCGGCCCUCGGCGCCGUUACCGCGUCUCCCACAAAGACCAGCAAGCAGGCCCCCAACAAGCGCGCCAACCUGCCCACAGUCUCUGCCUCUGGCAAUGCCUUCUGGACUGGCAAGGACCGAUUCUACAUCCGUGGCAUCGACUAUCAGCCCGGCGGUGCCUCGGCCAACGAGGACCCCCUGGCCGACCCCAAGCAGUGCAAGCGCGACAUCAAGCAGUUCCAGGACCUCGGCGUCAACACUAUUCGCGUCUACGCCGUCGACAACUCCAAGGACCACGAUGAGUGCAUGAAGGCCCUGAACGAUGCUGGCAUCUACCUCGUGCUCGAUGUCAACAACCCCCAGUACUCCAUCAACCGAUUGAAGCCUGGGCCCUCGUACAACACCAAGUACCUCCAGAGCGUCUUCGCCACGGUCGAGAUGUUUGCCAAGUACGACAACACCCUCGCCUUCUUCUCGGGCAACGAAGUUAUCAACGACGAGAAGGAUACCGAUAAGUCGGCUCCCUAUGUCAAGGCCGUCACUCGCGACAUGAAGAACUACAUCAACUCGCGUGGUCUCCGCAAGAUUCCUGUCGGCUACUCGGCUGCCGAUGUGGCCUCCAACCGCAUGCAGACGGCCUUCUACAUGAACUGCGGCUCUGAUGAUAUGCGCUCCGACUUCUUCGCCUUCAACGACUACUCCUGGUGCAACAGCGACUUCAAGACGGCCGGCUGGGACCAGAAGGUCAAGAACUUCACCGACUACGGUCUCCCGAUUUUCCUGUCUGAGUGGGGCUGCAUCAAGAACCGCCCCCGUAAGUUCGAGGAGAUGGAGGCUCUCAUGAGCAACCAGAUGACGGGCGUCUACUCUGGUGGUCUCAUGUACGAGUACUCUGUCGAGGACAACGACUUCGGUAUCGUUACUCUCAAGGGCGACGAUGUCAAGAAGUCUGAUGAGUUCGACCUGUACAAGAGCGCCCUCAAGGCCAACCCCAUGCCCACGGGAUCCGGUGGUGCUGCCACCACGACGCACGCUGUCGACUGCCCGACCUCGGAUGCCGGCUGGAACGUCAACCCGACCAUGGUUCCUGAGAUGCCCAGCCAGGCGCAGAAGUACAUGAAGGACGGUGCCGGCAAGGGCCCCGGUCUCGGAGGUGACGGCUCCCAGAACGCCGGCGACAGCGGCACCUCCACCGCCGGCGUGACUGGUGGCAAGCCUUCCCCGACGGCCAGCGGCUCCAGCGACAAGGACAAUGCUGGCACUACGGUCCACGGCGGCAUCGACAAGGCCCCUAUGAUCGUUUCCGGCUUGGCGCUAGGCUUCACCCUGCUUGGCGCCCUGCUCCUGUAA